AUGCCGCCUAAGGGUCGCGGCAGAAGCAAGCUGCCAGUUCCUCUCCCAAAAGACAUGAUCCUGAAAGACACCGAAGGAAAAGCCUGGAGGCUGGGCGGUCAGAUCGGCCAGGGAGGAUUUGGCUUGAUCUAUUUAGCUUCCCCUCAAACUCAUGUUCCUGUAGAAGAUGAUGCAGUGCAUGUAAUUAAAGUGGAAUAUCUUGAAAAUGGCCCCUUGUUUUCUGAACUGAAAUUUUACCAGAGGGCUGCAAAACAAGAGCAUAUAAGAAAAUGGAUGAAUCUCAAAAAAAUAAGAUGUUUAGGAAUCCCAGUGUUUUGGGGAUCAGGCUUGGCUGAGUACAAGGGAAAAAGCUAUAGAUUCAUGGUCAUGGAGAGACUGGGGGAAGACCUUCAAAGAAUAUUUGAAGAUUGUGGAAGCAAAUUUAAGAAGGAGACCGUUCUGCAACUGGGGGCACGAAUGUUGGAUACUUUGGAAUAUGUACAUGAAAAUGAGUAUGUUCAUGGUGACAUUAAAGCAGCAAAUCUACUUUUGGGUUACACCAAUCCCCACGAGGUUUAUCUUGCAGAUUAUGGACUUUCCUACAGAUAUUGUCCCAAUGGGAACCACAAACAGUAUCAGGAAAAUCCUAGGAAGGGCCAUAAUGGGACAAUAGAGUUUACCAGCGUAGAUGCCCACAAGGGAGUAGCCCCAUCCAGACGAGGCGACCUUGAAAUCCUUGGCUACUGCAUGCUGCAAUGGUUAUGUGGGAAGCUACCCUGGGAACAGAACCUGAAGGACCCUGUAGCUGUCCAGACUGCGAAAACAAAACUUAUGGAUGAGCUCCCAGAUUCAGUGAUGGAAUGGGAUUCUUCUGGAAGCAGCUGUAGUGAAAUAUCCAAGUUUUUGGCAUGCGUUUCUGGCUUAGCUUAUGAUGAAAAGCCAAAGUAUCAAGUGCUCAAGAAAAUCCUGCUGGAUGGACUAGAGUCAAGUGGAACUCGCUACGACGGCCCUCUGGAAUUUUCCGCUGCAGCAUGCACGCGAAAUCACAAAGUGUCAAAGGUUUGCUUACCAAAGCCUAUGCCAAAACCAGUUCAGCAGAAGCAAAAAAAGAUGGAAGGUGAAGAAUACAUCUGUCAGAACAAAGCCUGUGCUGGGGUAACAGGCAAACAACUCCACGAUGAAGGAAAGCCAAGCAGAUUAAACAGGAUGCUUCACCAAACAGAGCCUCAGCAGGUUCACUUCCCGAAGCCUUCACCCAAACCAGCGCAACAGAAGCAGAACGACGUGAAAGAGGAAGACCGUGACUGCCUCAGCAGGCCCUGUGCUCGGGUAACACGCCGGCACUGCCAGCCUGAAGAGAAGCCGCUUAAAUUUUGCGCUACGAUUCAGGAGCCUGACCACCCACCAAAGGAAGACACUGCAAGAGAAUUACUACCCUUCGACCCCCAAGCCAUAUUCUCAGAACCCAGAAAGAAACACGAUCAGCUCUUAACUACAGAUCGGCCAGCGUCAUUGCAGGAAACUGGUUCUGACGUCACUCGUCCUUCCAUAGCUAUUCUACUCAGGGUUGCAUUUAGUGGCGAAACAUGCCACUACAGCGUAGCUAUCCUUGUACUUCUGCCUCUAAUAUUACUUUCCUUGUAUUUUCUUUGA